GCCUAAUAACAUGUAUAUAUAUACAAGCAGGCAUGAGGUGGUUUCUUAUAAAAAAAUAAGAACAAAAUAUGGAAUAAAAUUUUUUCAAAAUCGAGUAUAUCACAUACUACAGUAUUGAGCAUAGUAAAGUAUGUCAUAUACUUUUAUCGACGCCAUGAAAAUUAAUCCAAAUAUUACGCGGGAAUAGUUUUUUAAAAGACUUGAGGUCGCAUUUGAUUACAUUGUCUCACAUUGUUUCGUAUUGCAAAGAUCAUGGCUAAACGAAGCAGUUUAAACAGACGUUCGUCUAAAAGCAGCAGAUAUUCUGAUUCUGCCAUAUUAAAUCCUGAUACUGAUGUUGUAGAUAACACAUAUCCAUAUUGGUCGAAACACUUGGAAAACAAUACAAUUGCAAGACCAUCGACUGAUUACAAUAUGUUCAGUGAAACAAGUCGACAAUUAGAUUCUAAUUCACAAGUAGAAUUAAGUAAGGCAGAAGCUGAAUGGUGGAAAGUAUUCGACAAUUUCAGUUCUUCAGAAGACAAUGAAAACAAUUUACAACAAAGUGCACGUAAAUUUACCAUAUUAACAUCAGAAUCAGAAGAAGAACCAAGAAUUAAAAAAAGAAAACUUUCUUUGCGGUCAAAAGCAAGAACACAUAAAAAUAAUGCUUUUUUCAACGUUUUGCAUGAUUCUGAAGAAACUUCUGCAAACAGUUCAGUACAAAAGGUUAAAGGUAAAAGUUCUAUAAAUAAUUCUGAAUCAAAAAACAAAGAAAUGACCAAUAAAGAACAAUUAGCUGAAAUGCAAGAUAGUAGUUCGAAUCAGAGUUCAAAUUUAAAUAAUAUUGUAAAGUCAAAGCCGAAAAUUUUUAAAAAAGACUAUAAGAAUCAAAAUAAUAUUUUCAUCGAUGUGUUGCAAAACAGUGAAUUCAAAGUUCCUUCUUCAAGUAAAUUUUCCAUUACCAAAUCUCCAAAACCAGUGGAGCGAAAAGAUUCUAAUAUUGUGCAAACUCCCAUUGAUAAUCAGUCAGAAUCAAACGAGUAUACAUUAUCUUCUGGGAGCGUGCCCGAUUUUUCACACUUUCCGGUACCCAAAGCACAGAGCACUGCAUUCGAGGAUAGUACUCUAUGCAGUAGUAGCAGAAAUGAUAGUAGCAGCGAUAUAGAACCGAAGAUAAUGAAACAGAAACCGAAAUUGUUAAAACGUCGUAGUAGGAGUAUAAAGAAAAACGUUUAUAAGAACAUAUUUAUAGCUGAGGAAAGUAAUGAAGGAACAGAAGAAAAUGUACUAGCAAGUAAGAAUGUUGUGGAAAACACUGAGAUUCCUCAACGAUUUUCCACAUCUUCAUCAACUGAUUCGCAUAAAAUUUCUCACAAAUUACAAAAAAAUGUUAUAAAUGAAGAUGAAAACAAAGGUACAGAAAUAUCGAGUUCAAGAAAGAAAAGAAAAUCUGCAAUUUUAGCUGAACGAAACAUUAAAGACUGUAUUGAAAAAGACUUUUCAGGUAAAAAGGUUACUGCAAACGAUCGGUCGGACGAUAGUAUCGCGAGCAAUAUUAUCCCACCACAACCAUUUAUUUCAUUAGCACAGGAAAAAGCUGGAAGUAAAAAUUUGAGCAGCUUAGAUAAUAACACAAAACAAAAGAAUGCUCAGGGAAGAUCUACGUUAGAUCAAAGUAUCAUUAACGGUAAAAAUGUAACUGAAGUACAUAAAGAUGUUGCAAAGGAUUAUAAUGAUGAAUUACAAGUCGGUAACAAGCAGAAGAAUAUUUCUCCCACAAAAUCUGCUGUUCAUACUUUGCUUAGUUUUGAGGAGGGAAAUCGCGACAAUGCAAAGAAUCGCAGUAGACUGUCGCACAUAACUAGUAAUUCAACAUCAUCAAUAAAAAGAAAUAAAUCCUUGAGAGGUAAAAGAAGAGAGAUAGAAAAAGAAAUUUCGAAGGAUUCUAGCGAUGAAGAAAUAGUAAUUAAACUUGUUGAUGAUCGGAAGAUGAAAAAAAGAUCGAUUCCAAAAGAUUUAUCUAGCUUUAGUAAGGAGCAACCAGACACUGUGAAAGAUAGUAAAAGAUCAUCGUCCAGAAAUGGUAAUUUAAGGUCAUCUGUGAAUAGAAUCCAGGAUAUAGGUUCAAACACUUCAAAUGUUAAUGAUAAAGAUGUAAGAUCUCAAAAUUUUAACAAUAUUAGCACUACAGAAACUGUAAAUCAAUCAGAAUUCAUAGAAAACAGUAGAACCGCAUUAGAUAGGAAAUCUACUAACGUUUCGUCCAGUUUUAAUGGCAAGCAACAUAAUAAUAUUGAUACGAAUUCUUUGAAUGUUGAUAAGAACGUAAGGGAAGUAGAAAACGAAGUUUCAAGCGAUUCUAAUGACGACAAUCUUGCAAGUAGAUUUCGACGUAUAUCUCAAAGAAGGUCGGUUGCUAAUGUUUCAUCUAGUAUUAACAGGAAGGAAGACAGUAAUGCAGGAGGUCGUCGCAGAGUAUCGUCUAGAGUUAGCAAUUUAGUACUAUCAGCGAAAAAAGGUACACAGAAAAAUAUACACGCUGCAAGUGUCGCCGGUGAAGAUGCAAGAGAAAUAGAAGGCGUAUUACAGUCUAUUGGUAACGAAGAAACCCCAAGGACAUCCCGGCAUACCGAUACAGACCAUCGAAGUACAUCUCAGAAAAAAUCUAAUUCUUCCAAUACUAGUAGGAAGGAACACAGUACUACAGAAAAUCAUAGAAGAACAUCGACUAGAAUUAGUAAUUUAGCGUUGUCCAGGAACAAAAUUGAAGAUGUAGAUUCGAAAACUGCAGGUGUUAAUGAUGAAAGCGCAAAGGAAAUAGAAAACGAAUUUUCAAGCGAUUCUGAUUACGAUGUGCUGAUACAUAGACCAGACCCUCUCUAUAAAAGAACUACUGCCGAUAUAUCAUCUAGUAUUAAUAAGGAAGAACGCAGUGUUAAAGAGAAGCAAAACAAAUCAUUGCGUAUAAUCAGUGAUGUAAUGUUAUCGACGAAAGAAUUGAUACCGACACAUGGAAUUCUUUCAAAUGAUGAUGAAAAAAAUGAAACAGAAAGAAAAAGAAAAGUCGAAGUAUCACAGGUUGCUAGUAACGAAGAAAUUCCAAAGCAACGGAGUGUAUCUCAGAGAAAAUCUGUUUCAUUGAAUCAUAGUGCGAAAGAACGCAGCAAUGAAAAGAAUCUUGGAAGAGCAUCGUCUAGAGACAGUAAUUUAGUAUUAUCGAUGAAAGAAAGUACACGGAUGAACGCAAACGCUUCAAAUAUUCGCGAUGAAGACAAAAUAGAAGCAGUAGAAGAGACAUCAAACGAUUCUGCUAACGAAGAAGUUCCAAAUGAAUUACAACAACCUGAUAAAAACACAGACACGUUUCAAAGGGAGUCCGGUGCAAAUGUUUCAUCCGGUUUGAACAAAAAGAAACUUAGAAAAGUAUCGAGCAGAAUCAGUUCAUCUUUUUUGAAAACUCCUACGAAUAAAGAUAAAUCCAAGUUGAAAGGGCAGAUGAGUAUUAAAAACUUUGUAACUAAUAUUGCUGUGGAUGAAGAAAAAGUUAAAAUGAUAAGAGAGAGACUGGAAAAGGUAAAGAAACAAGAAAUGGAAAAAAUGAAUGCGCAAUUAAAACAGGGUGAAGUUAAGUCUUCUGAAACGAAGGAUAUAAUAAAAAGGAAGAAGAGCGUAAAACCGAAGGAGAAAAAAGUUCAUACAGCUUAUUUGGUGAACGGUGCAGUGUACAAAGUGCCGCGACUUCCUCGACCUAAGUCGUGGGUCACGAAUCGUUUGUAUGAUCAUUUAUGGAAAAUUAUGGAACCUAAGUAUAAUUUAAACACUAGAGUAAUCUCAGAGAAGUUUGUACGUCAGAUGUGCGGGAUAACGACUAUAAUUGCUAAACAGAAAUCGUACGAGCGUUACAGGGACGAGUUAGACGCGUUAAUGAAAGAAAUGGCACGACUUGGUAUCAUUCGUACGCGAAACGAAUUUUAUCAUUUUUGCCACGAAUUCCUUCCGUACGAACUUGUCGAGAAAAUGGUCCCGAUGUUAUUGCCAGGGAAUAAGAAAAAUAUGCCUUUCGAUCCAAACACGUUGUAUGAACCGCUUAUCGGCUCCUAAAACAUUCUUUUUUCUCCGGUGAAUACAGGUAAUGAGUAUUUUUGUAAAUAAGCUUUAUAAAAUAUUUUAUAUUUUUCUACGUUGAUUACAAUUAUCUUUCAAAGAAUUAUUACGAUGUUAUAAUAAAGAGGAAAAUAAUUAAUAGA